AUGUCAGGUGAAGGUGCGAGCUUUGACAGUUCGAGAAAACUGCACUUGAGCAACCGCAAUUUAUUCUUACUCUGGAUGAUAGCUGAUACGGCGUUAAUGAUACUAAUUACAAUAGGAAUGAUUGUAAUGGUGAACAAUGAAGAGGAGGUGAAUGAAUGGAUUAGAGUGAACAGUUGGGUGACAAUCAUUCUGAUAAUUCUUGGAUGUGUUCCAAUUCUUAUUCUUGUGUUAGUCAAGGCACUUGGAAAUAACCGAGAAAUCGACCAUUAUCUAAUAGGAUUCAGUUACAUACUGUGUUCAAUGGGAUUCGCCACUUUGUUCCGUGUAAUCGAUGUAUUGUACGCCUCGAUAUCCAGUGGUGUAACGCUAAUGGCGACUGCACUCGUGAUCUUUAUAGCUGUGAACGUACGACGUUCCACAAUGCUAACCAUUAUCAUCUUUGUAUUUGUGGUUAUUGCACUAAUCAUUGGAGCUGCCCUGCAUAUUGUUCAAAUAUCAACAGAUAACAAACACAUAGCUUACAGGAUUGGUGUUGCAGUUUGUUUCGGUAUCGCUGUGGCGUCAGCAAUUUUUAUGACGACAAAUACACUUCAUUCCAAACUUUUUCAAACGCGAAAACAACAAAAUAUUGAGCGUGUAAAGGUUAUAAGUCACAGGACGAUGAUUAUUUCAAUUCCACAAAGUAAUUUAGUUUUAAAUUAA